UGUAUACACCUGUGACCUCUCACAACUUCAACAUCCAAUUAUUUAAAGUUUAGUUUUAUUAAACAUAUAACUUUUUUUGCAAAAAUUACCAUUUAAUUUAAUCUCUCUCUCUCUAUCUCUCUAAGGGUCUCGUAAUUUUUAUUUUUUUUUUUUUUUUUUGUCCGGUGGGAUUCGGCGUUAAAGGAAAAAAUGACAGAGCCUAAACCAAACACCCCCUUGAUCUCGCCAUCAUCAUCGCGAAACCUCCCUGAUUUCAAAAAAUCGGUUAAACUAAAAUAUGUGAAGCUUGGUUACCAUCACCUCAUCACCCAUGGAAUGUAUGUCUUCAUCACCCCUCUUGUAUUCAUAAUUGCCGUGCAGCUCUCGACAUUUUCAUUACAGGAUCUUUAUGAUCUUUGGGAGCAUCUCCAAUACAAUCUAAUCUCUGCGAUCGUAUGCUCAGCUCUCCUUGUUUUCUUAUCCACCGUGUACUUUGUCACUCGUCCUAGUCCUGUAUACCUUGUCAAUUUCUCCUGCUAUAAGCCUGAAGAGUCUCGAAAAUGCACUAAAAGGAUGUUUGUUGAUCAAUCUUGGCUGACUGGUACAUUUACAGAGGAGAAUCUUGCGUUCCAGCGUAAGAUCCUCGAGAGAUCUGGCCUUGGUGAUUCUACUUACCUGCCAGAGGCUGUUUUGAAUAUUCCUCCAAAUCUAUCCAUGAAAGAAGCUAUAAAAGAAGCUGAGGAUGUGAUGUAUGGUGCUAUUGAUGAGCUUUUUGCCAAGACUGCUGUCAAGACCAAAGACAUUGGCAUUUUGGUUGUGAAUUGCAGCUUGUUCAAUCCAACCCCAUCUCUUUCUGCCAUGAUUAUCAAUCACUACAAGCUUCGGGGAAACAUAGUUAGCUACAAUCUAGGUGGGAUGGGUUGCAGUGCAGGUCUUAUUUCAAUUGCACUUGCUAAAGAUCUUCUUCAGGUCUAUCCCAACUCCUAUGCAUUGGUCGUCAGCAUGGAGAAUAUCACAUUGAAUUGGUAUUUUGGAAAUGACAGAUCAAAGCUCAUUUCAAAUUGCUUAUUCCGAAUGGGGGGAGCAGCAAUACUGCUUUCUAACAAAAGCUCUGAUAGAAGAAGAUCCAAAUACCAAUUGGUACAUGCCGUCCGUACCCACAAUGGUGCAGAUGACAAGUGCUUUGGCUGCAUCACCCAAGAAGAAGACUCCACAGGGAAAGUUGGUGUCACUUUGUCUAAGGAUCUUAUGGCAGUUGCUGGUAAUGCUCUAAAGACCAACAUUACCACUUUGGGGCCUCUUGUUCUUCCAAUGUCAGAACAGCUGCUAUUCUUUGCCACAUUGAUUGGGAAAAAACUACUCAAGAUGAAGGUCAAGCCUUAUAUUCCAGAUUUUAAACUUGCUUUUGAGCAUUUCUGCAUUCAUGCGGGAGGAAGGGCUGUUUUGGAUGAACUGGAGAAGAACUUGCAACUAUCUGAUUGGCAUAUGGAGCCGUCAAGGAUGACACUUCACCGAUUUGGCAACACAUCAAGCAGUUCUCUGUGGUAUGAAUUGGCUUAUACAGAAGCAAAGGGGAGAAUGAAGAAGGGAGAUAGGACAUGGCAAAUUGCUUUCGGUUCUGGGUUUAAGUGUAACAGUGCUGUUUGGAAGGCUCUAAGGACCAUAAACCCAGCAAAGGAGAAGAACCCUUGGAUGGAUGAAAUUCAUAGCUUCCCCGUGGAUGUUCCAAAGGUAUCGGCAAUCUAAUAGAAAGAAAAAUGCUAGAUGUUGGAAAGUUAUAUUUUGGCACUUGGUGCUGGCUUUCACAAAUGGUGAAAUUUUUAAAAUUUUUUCUUCAUUAACUGAGGUGUUGGAUUUAUUCCUGCUUCUCAUAGAGUACAUUUGAAUAUAUUUAUUGGGUGAAUGAUGUUCAUGGGGCUAAUUAUGUUUUGGUUAUUUGGCCAAGAGGUGAAAUUUCUUUACUUAAAGGAAGCAACAGUUGGGUUCAAGGUUCA